AGGAUCUGACGAACCUGCAUUGAAUCCAGGCACCACCAGACCUUAACAAAACAAGCUAGCUUCAACUCCACCAUAACAACAAGUCUUAUCACUUACACGAAAACCACCCUUAUCACCCCACCAACUACGUCACAUCAACAUUCAAAAUGGGCUACCCAGACACUUUCGAGGGCUUCGUCGUUGACUCGCCCAAGACCUGGAACCAGUUCCACCGCCACGAGCUCAAGCCCAAGCCUUUUGAGGAUGACGAUAUCGACGUCCAGAUCGAGUGCUGCGGCGUCUGCGGGUCGGACAUCCACACCGUCACCGGCGGCUGGGGCGACUUCGAGGGUCCUCUCUGCGUCGGUCACGAGGUUGUUGGCAAGGCCAUCAAGGUCGGCAAGAACGUGAAGGAGAUUAAGGUGGGCGAUCGCGUUGGUGUUGGUGCCCAGGUGUGGGCCUGCCUGAAGUGCGAUGUCUGCAAGAGCAAGAACGAGAAUUACUGCCCUCACAUGGUUGACACCUACAACGCCAACUACGAAGACGGCUCCACCGCCCACGGCGGCUGGGCCUCUCACAUCCGCGCCCACCAAUACUUCACCUUCAAGAUCCCCGACGCCAUCCCCUCGCACCUCGCCGCGCCCCUCCUCUGCGCCGGCAUAACCACUUACUCCCCGCUCGUCCGCGCCAACAUCGGCCCCGGCAAGACCGUGGGAAUCAUCGGCAUCGGCGGCCUCGGCCACCUAGCCAUCCAAUGGGCGCGCGCCCUAGGCGCCGAGACCUACGCGCUCACGCACUCGGAAUACAAAGCCGCCGACGCCAAGGCUUUGGGGGCUCAACACGUCAUCGUCACCAGCAACGACGAAAAGUGGGCGGAGCCGUACAAGUUCAAGUUCGAUUUCCUGUUGAAUUGCGCGGACGCGACGCACAAGUUCGACAUGAAGACGUAUCUCUCCACCCUCAAGGUGCAGGGAGAGUUUCACAUGUGCGGCAUCCCCGACAAGCCGCUGCCCCCCCUGGAGGUGUUGGCUUUCAUGGCGAAUGGAUGCAAGUUGAGCGGAAGCCACUUGGGAAAUCAUCAGGAGAUGAAGGAAAUGUUGCAGCUGGCUGCCGAGAAGGGGAUCGUGCCCAGGGUUGAGACGUUGCAAUUGGGCGAGGAAGGGUGCAAGGAGGCGGUGGAGAGGGUCAAGGCGGGGAAUAAGGUGCAUUAUCGGUUUACGUUGACGGGGUUUGAUAAGGUUUUUGGGGAGAAGGUUGAGUAUGGUGCUUAAGGAGGAUGGAUGUGGAGGGGAGAUGGCAGGCAGGGGAGACGUUGUGUGGUGUUGAGGGUGUUUGGAGGAGAGAUGGGAGAUGGGAGAUGGGAGAUGGGAGAUGGGAGAUACC